GGCGCGCGGCCGGCGGGCGGGAGGCGCGGCCAUGGCGGCCGGCGCGGCGCAGGGGCUCGGCGAGGGCGGCGGCGGCCGCGGGUUCCUGGGCCCGCGAGUGCCGGCCGAGGUGGAGGCCAUGGCCAGGGGCGUGCAGGACGUGGGCAAGGAGACCUUCCGGCGGCUCCUCAAAGUCACUGUUAGUGCAUUGGAAGGAAAAGACUGCAGGGAAUCUGUCAGGCUGAUUGCAGAAAGUGCUAACCUCUCAGAAGAGCAACUUGCUUUCCUCAUUUCUGGCAUGUACACCCUCCUCCGAGAAGCAUUGAGACUUCCCUUAUCAACUUUCAAACAAGAAGUUUUUAAAGAAGACCUGAAGGAGCUCAGAAUACCAGAAGAUUUCAUUGUGGACUUUUCCAGUGUAGUCUUUGGUAACAGGCGUCCCCCUUCCGAAGGCACAGCUCUGGUACAAAGAAGUCGGCUGCCAAGUAUCCAGGACUUCAAGUGGAGAGUGGAUGUAGCUAUAUCCACAAGUUCACUGGCCCGUGCACUCCAGCCAUCCAUUCUGAUGAUGAUGAAGCUUUCAGAUGGGACAGCUCAUCGCUUUGAAGUGCCAGUUGCAAAGUUUCAAGAACUGAGGUACAAUGUUGCCCUCAUACUGAAGGAAAUGAAUGAUUUGGAGAAGAGGAGCAUACUGAAGAUCCAAGACUGAGCACUUUUAAAUUGGGAGUUUAGAGAAGAGAUCUGAAACCCUCAGCAUGUUUGGUGAAUGCAAAACAGGGGACCAUCACCACUUUGCCUCUAUGAACUUCAAUGUGGCAUUUAUAAUGUCUGCUGUAAAUAUUUUUUUUUUCAAUUCAAGUGUUUAAAGCACAAGCUCUUUUUGUAAGACUUAGGAAAAACAAAACAUUUAUCUAUGAAAAAGUAUAAUGCUCUUUGUGAACAUUUUUGCAUGAUUCAUCAAGACAUUUUUUAAAUAACCAUCUUAAUAGAUGUUAGAGUCAUUUAUUUCUGAUUAUGAUUCAUAAUUCUAAUGUUUUUUGAUAGUGUGCUACCGGAAGCCCUAUCAAUGUGUAUGUAUCAUAAUAAAACUCUGCAAUAUUUCAAAUAAAAAAUAAAAUAACAAACCCA